CUUAAAUGAGAGGGCAUGACCUCUGAUCUUCUUGUUCUGCUGUGUUUUGGACAGGUGGAGGAGAUGGUUCAGAAUCACAUGACCUACUCGCUGCAGGACGUGGGUGGAGACGCUAACUGGCAGCUGGUGGUGGAAGAGGGAGAGAUGAAGGUGUACCGGCGAGAGGUGGAGGAGAACGGGAUCGUGCUGGACCCUCUGAAGGCCACACACUGUGUCAAAAGGGUCACAGGUCACGAGCUCUGCCACUACUUCUGGAAUACGGAUGUUCGUAACGAUUGGGAGACUACUGUCGAAAACUUCAACAUCGUGGAGACGCUGUCCGAUACCGCCAUCAUCAUGUACCAGACUCAUAAGAGAGUGUGGCCAGCGUCCCAGAGAGACGUCUUGUACCUGUCUGCCAUUCGUAAGAUUAUAGCCAAUAACGAGAGCGAUCCAGACACAUGGCUCGUCUGCAACUUCUCAGUCGAGCACGAGAAUGCCCAGCCAAACAACAGAUGCGUUCGCGCUAAAAUCAACAUUGCGAUGAUCUGCCAGACGCUGGUCAGUCCACCAGAGGGAGACAAAGAGAUCAGCAGAGACAACAUCCUGUGCAAAAUCACAUACGUGGCCAACG